CCGUCACGCACGACCAUGGCUGCAGGCGCAACCCCCAAUACCACCACUCCCGCUGCCGGCCCUCCGCCUACGCAAAAGGUCAGCGAUGUCGUCGCGACCUUCCGACCCACGCGCUGCUUCCGCGCCGAGAGCAGCAAGACGCACGUCACGUCGAUCGACUUUGACGACUCGGGCGAGCUGGCCAUUGUAGCCCGCGACGACGACACGCUGCAAAUCUACAACUGCAAGGAGGGCAAGCACGCAAAGGAGCUCAAGAGUCAGAAGUACGGCGUCCACCUGGCCCGCUUCACCCAUCACGCCCAGAGCAUCGUCUACGCCAGCACAAAGGUCGACGACGGCAUCCGCUACCUCUCGACCCACGACAACUCGUACAUUCGCUACUUCAAGGGCCACACCGAUACCGUCACCUGCCUGGCCGUCAAUCCCUCCAACGACACCUUCAUCUCGUGCAGCGCCGACAACACGGUGCGCCUUUGGGCCCUCAACUCGCCCAACGUCCAGGGCCUGCUGAAGCUACACGCGCCCUACCUGGCCGCCUACGACCCUUCAGCCAGCGUCAUCGCCAUCGCCUCGCCGCCCACCCAGAGCAUCCUGCUGUACGACGUGCGCAACUUCGACAAGCCGCCCUUUGCAACCUUCGACCUGCACGACGUCGAGCAGCGCUACACGCCCGGCGCCGCCGGCCGCAACUGGGCCAAGCUCGAGUUCAGCAAUGACGGCCGUAGUCUUCUGCUCGGAACCACGGGCUUUGGGCAUUAUAUUCUCGACGCCUUUGACGGCACCCUCCGCCACUUUUGCGUCCGCGAUUCAGGGCCCACCGGACGGCGCGCCGCGGGCGAAUAUCCCGCUCCUGGCACCGUCGCCAGCCAGGGUGACAUGUGUCUCUCGCCCGACGGGCAGUACCUGAUUGGCGGCUCGGGCAACAAUGGUCUGUUGGUGUGGGAUAUUCAAACCAAAGAGGGGGGGGACAAGACGUUGAAGCCAAUGACGGACCUGCCGGGCCCGAGCAGCGGCGCGGUGGUGGGGUACAACCAGCGGAUGAACCUGCUGUGCUCGGCGGACAAGGACUUGUUGGUUUGGCUUCCGGACCCGGACGUCGGGCCGUGAGGGAGAGGAGAGAAGAGAAGCGGGCAGAGAGGAGGAUUUCAGCAUUGCAGGCGCACGGAAAGGAACGGGAAGGGAAUGAAACAGGUGGAAAUCAAAAUACCCAGUUAAAUGUAGCAAAAGGAAGAAAAUGUAGUCAAAAGCAAUGUAACCUAC